ACCCUUCUCUGUUGUUGCUGAUUCAUCUUCAUCAAACACAAGAAAUAAAUCAUCAUCAGAAUGCCAGCACAACCAAAUCCAUUUGAAAGCGUUGCUCGUUCUCUCGAAGUUAACGGUGGCAAGUAUAAAUACUUUAGCUUACCUGAAUUGAAGGACGAUAGACUCGAUACUCUCCCUUUCUGUAUUCGUGUCUUGUUGGAAAAUUGUGUAAGAAAUUGUGAUGAAUUUGCUGUCUUGAAGGAAGAUGUUGAAAAGAUCCUUAACUGGGAAGAAUCAAGCAAGAAGUCUAUUGAAAUUCCAUUCAAACCAGCUAGAGUUUUGAUGCAAGACUUUACUGGUGUUCCUGCUGUUGUCGAUUUGGCUGCUAUUCGUGAUGCUGUCAAGAGACUCGGUGGUAAUCCAGCUAAUGUUAAUCCACUUGUUCCUGUUGAUUUGGUUAUCGAUCACAGUGUUCAAGUUGAUGACUUUGGUUCAAAGGAUGCUUUACAACAAAAUCAAGAAAAGGAAUUCAAUAGAAACUAUGAAAGAUUCAAGUUCUUAAAGUGGGGUAGCAAGGCCUUCAAGAAUUUGCAAAUUGUUCCACCAGGAAGUGGUAUUGUCCAUCAAGUUAACUUGGAAUAUUUGGCUAGAGUUGUUUUUGAAAAUAAUGAAGAACUUUCAUCAACUGAUAAGGAAAAUAAUUUACAAGCUUUGUUAUAUCCAGAUUCAUUGGUUGGUACUGAUUCACACACUACUAUGAUCAAUGGUUUGGGUGUUUUAGGUUGGGGUGUUGGUGGUAUUGAAGCUGAAGCUGCCAUGCUUGGUCAACCAAGUGCCAUGGUUUUGCCAGAAGUUGUUGGUUACAAAUUAACUGGUAAAUUGACUGGUGCUGCUACUGCUACUGAUUUGGUUUUGACUCUUACUCAAAACUUGAGAAAGUUGGGUGUUGUCGGAAAGUUUGUUGAAUUCUAUGGUGAAGGUGUCAAUAACUUGUCUGUUGCUGAUCGUGCCACUAUUUCAAACAUGGCUCCAGAAUAUGGUGCUACUAUGGGUUUCUUCCCAAUUGAUAACACUACUCUUACUUUCUUGAAACAAUCUAACAGAGAUGAAAAGAAGGUUGCUUUGGUUGCUGAAUAUUUGAAGGCUCAAAAGUUAUUCGUCACAUCUGAUUCAGAUGCUGCUAACAUUCGUUAUAGUGCUAAAUUGGAACUUGAUUUGACUACUGUUGUUCCAUCUUUGGCUGGUCCAAAGAGACCACACGAUCGUGUCUCUUUGACUGAUGUCCAUAAGGAAUUCAAGGAAGGUUUGACUGCCAAGAGAGGUUUCAAGGGAUUCGAAAUUCCAGCUGAAGAUUCUGAAAAGACUGUUGAAAUUGAAUAUCAAGGAAAGAAGUACAAUUUAACUCAUGGUUCAGUUGUUAUUUCUGCUAUUACCAGUUGUACAAAUACCUCAAAUCCUUCUGUCAUGCUUGCUGCUGCUUUGCUUGCCAAGAAGGCUGUAGAACAAGGAUUGACUGUUAAUCCAUACAUUAAGACAUCUCUCUCACCAGGUUCAGGUGUCGUUUCUGAAUAUAUGACUAAGUCUGGUUUGCAAGGAUAUCUUGACAAGUUGGGUUUCAACGUUGUUGGUUAUGGUUGUAUGACUUGUAUUGGUAACUCUGGUGAAUUGCCAGAAGUUGUUCAUGAAACUAUUGUUAAUUCCAACUUGGUUUCUGCUUCAGUUUUGUCUGGUAACAGAAACUUUGAAGCUCGUGUUCACCCAAUUGUCCAAGCUAACUAUUUGGCUUCUCCACCUUUGGUUGUUGCUUAUGCUCUUGCUGGUAAUGUUAAGAUUGAUUUUGAAACUCAACCAUUGGGUGUCAAUCCAACCACUAAUCAACCAGUUUUCUUGAGAGACAUUUGGCCAACUCACGAAGAAGUUCAAGAAUGUGUCACUAACAAUGUUCUUCCAGAAAUGUUCAAGUCUGUCUAUGAAAAGAUUGCUUUGGGUACUGAUAACUGGAAUAAGUUGGAUGCUCCAGAAAGCAUGUUGUAUCCAUGGGAUGAAAAGUCAACUUAUAUUCACGAUCCACCAUUCUUCAAGGCUGUUGAAUCUCAAACCAAUGAAAGCAAGCCAAUUAAGGAUGCUUACUGUUUGUUGAAUUUGGGUGAUUUCACUACUACUGACCACAUUUCUCCAGCUGGUAGUAUCUCAUUGAAGUCAUCUGCUGCUCAAUAUCUCUUGGAAAGAGGUGUUGAAAGAAAGGACUUUAACACUUAUGGUGCUCGUCGUGGUAACGAUGAAGUCAUGGUCAGAGGUACUUUUGCUAACGUUAGACUUUACAAUAAGAUGAUCGGUAAACCAGGUCCAAUUUCUCUCCACGUUCCAUCUGGUGAAGCUGUUUCAGUUUUCGAUGCUUCCGUCAAGUAUCGUGAAGCUGGUAACGAAUUGAUCGUUAUUGGUGGUGAACAAUAUGGUUCAGGUUCAUCAAGAGAUUGGGCUGCUAAGGGUCCAUAUCUUUUGGGAGUUAAGGCUGUUAUUGCUACCUCUUUCGAAAGAAUCCACAGAUCUAACUUGGCUGGUAUGGGUAUCAUUCCAUUGCAAUUCAAGGAAGGCCAAAGUGCUGACUCUUUGGGUUUGACUGGUAAGGAACAAUUCAGCAUUGAUUUGUCUGCUGGUAUGAAGCCAUUCCAAGAAGUUACUGUCUCUGUUACUGGUAACGAAAAUGUCAAGGAAUUCACCACAAUUUUGAGAUUCGAUACUGAACCAGAACUUGAAUACUUCAAGCAUGGUGGUAUCUUGCCAUACGUCUUGAGAACCAAAUUGUUGGGUCAAUAAAUAUGUAAUAUAUAGUCUUCGUCUUUUAA